AUGCAAAUUCUGGAGGAGUUCUCCUGGUAUGACGACCUUGCUGCUAUCCUGGAGGGGAACCCAGCAGUGUCCCUCAAGACAAUCUCAUCAGUCCCAGGGAUGGACCAUGCAUCCAAGUACUUUUCACUCUUGCAGGCAGGCACUACUGGUAGUGCGCAAUCUUUUUCAAGCACUCAGUAUGGGGGCUAUGUGCCUAGCGCACAGCCCCCUCCUCCUAGUGCUCAGCCCCCUCCUCUCACAGCUAUGCCCAUUACCCUGGCCCUAGUGCCCAGCCUCAUUAUGCACCUAGCACCCACCCUUCAGCGCCCACCCCCCAUACACUUGUCCCCUACUCUCAUCCUGGCCAAGGCCAGCACAAUCUCCCCCUUAAUCACAAGGAUGGGGGGAUGGACUACGACAACGACAAUACCUCAACAGCCUCCCCAGGCGCCAAUCCACCCACAAAUGCCAACCCCCAUCCACUCUGUUGCUUCUAUCACUUCCCCUCCUCAUACUGAAUUCAAGCUUCCCAAGAAGCCACAGACAAUGCAGCACAAUAGCCAUGCUGCCUUUGGCACACCUGACCCUACAAGACGCAUAAGCGAGGGGUUGCUCAAGCCUCUGUCAGGUCUCAGGUCUUCGCAUUUGUGGUCCACACCGACAUCAACAUCAUCAGUCACAAUGUUGACAACUCUGACAUCGCAAUCUGCAAGCUCUGAGAAGAAUAUGGGUAGGCCGUCGAAGAAGGCACGCUCAGACAUAUUGAACCAAGUUGGUGCAAUCACCAACAAGAUCGGCAGUAUCCACUCAAAGAAGUUGUCCAAGGUCUCUCACGAGGAACUCAAAAACAAUUGUUACAUGGCCAAGCUCAAUCUCACCCGACAGGAAAAUGAACAUUGGUUCCUCCAAGCUGAGCGCCAGGACGAGUGCAUGGAUGCCGCCACCGUUCAUCAAUGUUCACAAGAGGCGAAGGAUACUGAGAUCCGCCUCUGCAUCGCAGAGGCGAGGAUGCAUGAGUCAUUGGCAAAAGUGCAUGCGGAGGAGGCAGCAUUGUUGCACCUCAAGAUCCAGUACCACCAGCUUACAGGUGGAUCUUGA